UCACGCAUUCCGUUCGUCUGCCAUUUUCGCAUUUUGCUUCUAAAAUUAGCAUCUGUGAAAAAGGGAUGUUUCGUCGCAAAAGUGAACAUAUUUUCAACAUUUAGUGUUAAAAUUUGCUUUUACCACGUCGAAAAUAUUUCGAUUUAUCAAAGUACACCAGAUUACACUGCAGUGGCGAAGAUUUUCGUUGGUGCUGCAUCGAUUUCACUGUUUUUCAUCGAAUUCAAUAUCACUGUGAAAAAAAAAUAACCUAGAACAAUCGUGUCAGACAGUGGCUGUGUUGUGUUUGGUGCUAGACGAUGAAUUCUGAACGCAAUCAGGACAAUCUUGAACCGUAACUCUGGUGGUCAGCGAACAGUCCAUAGAGCGUGAGAAGUGGCUUGGGAGCUAGAGAACAGGGUACCGUUUGUGUGAACCGGAAUGAACUCCGGCGGUGGCAGCAGCAGUAGUAGCGGUUUCGGAGGGCUGAGCAAUGGCGAGUCGGGCAUCCUGCGCAAAACAAUCGGAAUAGGCCAUCAUAACCUUCUCCUCCACCAGCACCACCACCACCAUCAUCAUCAUCACCACAACCAGUAUGGGCAGGACAACUUUGCUGACCUGCUGGUCUUCGGAUACUCGUGCAAGAUCUUCCGGGACGACGAGAAGGCCCGCUUCAUCGACCAGGGCCGACAUCUAAUCCCGUGGAUGGGCGACAAUCAGUUGAAGAUAGACAGAUAUGAUGCCCGAGGUGCACUGCACGAUUUGACGCAGCAUGAACCACCGAUCGGUGGCUACGGGAAUCGGGUGGACUGUCUGCCGCCGGCGGAGCAGCGAGCCGAGCAACUGUGCGAGGAUGAACGCUACUACAGUCUCUACGCGAACGAGGUCGAGGAGGAGAUCUAUCAGGAGGAAGCAGCAAAACGACUAGCAGCCAACAGUGCCGAAGUUCCGUUCGACUACGAUGCCGCAACGUCGUCGACAGCAGCGGCGGAUGGCGUCAGUCCGGUGGUAGGUCCAGUACCGGCCGGUUCAUCUCUAGCCGCUGACGACGAGAAUAGUUCGGACCCGCCAUUUAUUGCACCGGCAAACUUCGAUAUUCCACCGGAUCUCACCGAACUACCGGAAACGAUGAAGGAACAUGCGAUAAUCGAAAAGACUGCCAAGUUUAUUGCCUCCCAGGAUUCACAGAUGGAAAUUUUGCUGCGGGCGAAGCAGGCUGCCAAUCCGCAGUUUGAUUUUCUGAGCCCGGGCGGUCGACUGUAUCGCUAUUAUCGGCACGUGCUGAUGGCCAUCAAAACCAACCGGUACCCGGAGGAUGUUCCCGACGAAGAAUCGAAUGGAGUAGAAGCGGAUGCAUCGGAGGAUGUCGAAUCGGCAAUAAGUUCGGAAAAGCCUAAGCUAAUCAUCCCAACAAUAAAAUACAAACCAUCGGUAGACUGUGCCUACACACAAUUGAUCAGUAAAAUUACCGGUGCUCCGAUUCCGACAAAGUUUCCGGAUGAAUCCGAUCCCCGGAUGCUACCGACGGCGUCAACGGAUCUCACUCAAGUGGCUGCACCGAACGUGGACUUGAACUACCCACCGGAGGAAAAAAGCGUCGAGGUAAAACAUGUGCCCACCGGACUGGCCGGGCUGAUGCAGUACGACUCGGACAGCGAAGACAUGUCGGCGGAUGACGUGGAGGAAAAAACGGAGCAAAAGAAAGAACCAGAUCCAACUGUCGAACGCCGUGAAAUCACCUUCAGCGGAUUGCUGCCACCGGAAAUAUUCCAGCAUGUGAUAGAGAAAACCGCUACGUACGUAGCGAAAAAUGGUUACAGUUUUGAGGAUGCUCUGCGGACAAAAAAUGAUCCACGGUUUCUGUUUCUUCGCAAAGAUCACGAAUUCUAUCCUUUCUAUGCCUUCCGCGUACGAUAUCUGAUCGAUCCGUUCGAGGAAGUACCCAAAAGCCCGGAACCGGUCACCAUAACCCGGGAAAUUGAGAACGGCACAGUGGUGGAAACACCCAGCAUCGGUAUCAAAACGGUUAACAUUGCCCCGCAACCGGUUGCUCCUCCGCCAUCGCAAAUUCAGGCCAAUAAACCCGGUGGAGCGGUUUGUUUCUCCAUCAAGAGCAAAGAUGACGGCACCAAAUCAUCCAAAGCGAACGUUGUUCAGGAGCUGGGUGGCAACGAAGAAGAGCCGGAUCCGUCAACGGAGAAAGAGAAAAGUAAAUCGCCGAGUCCUGUUAGUAAGGACGGCGAACAGUUGAAAGAAAAUGCACCGCAAACGGACAACCCCCCCGAAAGUGACGAGGCACGAACGCCAUCACCAUCGAAGGUAGCUGCGACUCAGGAACUUGUCAGCAGCACCACACCACCGCUGGACGAUGCCAAGUCAGUAGCAGUGACCAUCCCGGAAGACGCAACGAAAGAUUUAAAGCGGUUGGAAGAUCGCAUCAAAGACAAACUGGCCGUCGCCGCCCGUGAAAAGCUGGCCAUGAUCUCAAAAGAAAAGCAACUUCAACUGGAGCGGAAAAAACGGGCCAGCAUGUUUAUCAGUCUGAUUAGUAGUAAACCGGAAGAGCAGGACCCAGCACCCCAAGUGGAGAACUCUACCGUACCGAUGGAAAACGAAUGGGAAAAUUCACCACUGCUGUUGUUUCCGUCGGAUCAAAAUGGUCUUGAAAUGUUGAAAAAUCAGUUUGAAGAUGAGGGUGACAACAGUUCGAACAUUUCCUUCCACUCGAUUCCGUCGCAGAGUGACAGUCCGGCGUCGAAUCAGGCCCAAUCCAGUGCAGAUGAUGACGUCGUACUGGUGGAAGACGAUGAUACCGAGGCGGACCGCAAUGGGCGUCCUUCCCGAUCCCGCACUAGAUCCCGAUCAACGUCGACCGGCAAACAUAAGAGAAGAAAACAUAAGCACAAAAGUAAAAGCAAAAAAUCAAAGAAAAAGAAAUCAAAAAGUCCAAUCCCGAUUCGAAGUCCUAGCAAGUCGAAAGUCAAGACAAAGCGAAAGCGUGCGAGUAGCCGAACGCCAUCGAAAAGUCCACGGCGAUCGAGGAGUAGGUCCUACUCUGAAAAAGAAGCGAAAAAGUCUAAAAAGAGCAAGAGUAAGAAAAGCCAUAAACAACACAAAUCUUCGAGAUCUUCAUCGUCCUCCCGGCAUCACCACCACCGCAAGGAACGAAGGGAUAGAGCAGAACGCUAGUUAGGCUGGAACGAGCAACGAGAAAAUUCCGAUCAUCUGUCGUAUUGUGAAUAUUGUUACUAGUUAACGACAUUGGGACUGAAUAAAGUAAACAUUUAAAUUGACAA